UAUUAAAAAAAAAAAAAUCAAAAAAUCAAAGGUUGACUAAUAUGUCUACUUAUAAAGCCAGGGAAUGGAAAUUUUAGAGACAAACAUUAUAGGAAAAAAAAAAAUUAAAGAUGGAACAAGAAGGUGAAUGCAAAUGCCCCCCUAUUUCAUGCUCAGGACCUGUUAAGGGUUUCGGCGUAGGAAAGAACGUGUGGCCGGAGUUAGUCGGAGAGAAUGGGGAAGUAGCAGUAACAACAAUAAAAAGAGAGAAUGACAAAGUAUUAGAAGCCACCAUCAUACGCCCUGGAAUGGGAAUGCAGCAAAACUUAUGCAGUUAUCGGGUUUUUGUUCAGGUUAAUUCAGAUGGUGUUGUAUUUUGUCCUCCUCAUAUUGGAUAAAAAUAUUACCAAAUUUCUUUUAAAGGGUAAACACGUCUUUUCACAAUAAAGGGCAAACACGUCCUUUCAUGAAUUAAUCGAAGGGAUGUAAUACUCGGUAUUGGUUAAGUUUAUUUGGAAUUAAUGGUUUUAUUUACUCAUUUUUUAAUUUAAUUGUCACGUUAUUAGUUUUAGUUGUUUUUUUUUUUUUUUGGUGAAAGUUUUAGUUGUUGUUAAUCUGCUAUGAAAAUGGUUUGAAUUGAAUAGUACUUACUCUGUUUCUUUUUG